UGGAAUGAAUUUUCUAUUUGUAGAGGAGGGUAAAUGGUCGAGAGAUGCAGAGAUUACUAAGUUGAAGAGUCAAUUUGGUGAAGCACAAGCGAAAGAGUUGAGGGUCAAGCAAGCACAGUUUGCAAAAGCUAAAGCAGAGCCAGAUAUAAAUCCCAACCUGAUUGAGGUAUCAGAGAGAGUGAUCGUGAAAGAGAAACCAAAAGAACCAAUUCCUGAAGUUGAGUGGUGGGAUGCACCUCUUUUAUUGGCUGGUACUUACGAUGAUAUAUGUGACGGUAAAAUAGCGGAAAAUAAGUUGAGGAUGGAGAAAAUUACCAUUUAUGUGGAACAUCCACGGCCUAUUGAGCCACCUGCUGAACCUGCUCCUCCACCUCCUCAACCCUUAAAACUGACGAAGAAAGAACAGAAGAAACUCCGUACACAGAGACGACUUGCUAGGGAAAAAGAUAAGCAAGAGAUGAUCAGGCAAGGCCUGAUAGAACCUCCUAAACCCAAAGUUAAAAUGAGCAAUCUGAUGAAAGUGCUUGGUUCUGAAGCAACCCAAGAUCCUACUCGACUUGAAAUGGAAAUCAGAAGCGCUGCUGCUGAGCGUGAACAAGCUCAUGUCGACAGAAAUAUGGCACGGAAGCUAACCCCUGAUGAACGCAGUGGAAAGAAGAAAAGGAAACUUUUUGAUGACCCUAAUACACUAGAGACGCUAGUUUCUGUCUAUAAAAUUAAUGAUCUUUCACACCGUCAGACCCGCUUUAAGGUUGAUGUGAAUGCCCAGGAAAAUCGAUUGACAGGAAGUGCUGUGAUAUCUGACGGCAUUACUGUUGUGGUAGUUGAAGGUGGAAGUAAGUCCAUCAAACGGUAUGGGAAGCUUAUGCUUAAACGAAUAGACUGGGCUGCAGCUGUGAGAGAUGAAGACGAAGAUGAGGAUGAAGCUGUUGUAAACAAAUGUGUCUUAGUGUGGCAAGGAAGUGUUGCUAAACCGAGUUUUAACAGGUUUACUGUCCAUGAGUGCAGGAGUGAAGCAGCUGCUCGGAGGGUAUUUUCUGAUGCUGGAGUUCCUCACUAUUGGGAUCUUGCACUCAACUUCACAGAGGAGUGAUUAGUCUGCUGCAGAGUUAUAUUGAUAGACCAAGUUUUUGCAGUUGCUUGAGCGGUAUCCUUUUUAUGAGUUCAUGUAUGAUUUAGAGCUUUAAACAGGAAAAAACUGGCUGAUUUUAUGUAUCCCUGCUCCAUGAAAUACUUGUUUUGAGGUGGGCACUUUUAGCCUAUAAUUUCUAGUUUGGUCUUUGGUCUUUGAUCAUUAUCUUGUAAGCUGUUGCUAUAAUAACAAUAUGGACAGUAAUCCACUCUUCUUUUUAUACCUUCA